AUGUUCGUCUACAAACGAGAUGGACGCAAAGAACGCGUUCAGUUCGAUAAGAUCACUGCUCGUGUCUCGAGGCUGUGUUACGGACUUGACCCCGAUCACGUCGAUGCAGCUGCCAUCACCCAAAAAGUCAUCUCUGGUGUCUACCAGGGUGUUGGCACUAUCGAGCUUGAUAACCUGGCUGCUGAGACUGCCGCGUACAUGACCGUGACACACCCCGACUACGCCAUCCUGGCAGCUCGUAUCGCCGUUUCCAACCUCCACAAGCAGACCAAGAAGCAGUUCUCCAUGGUCAUCUCAGACCUCUACCACUAUGUCAACCCUAAGAACAACAAACCCGCUCCUAUGAUCUCUAAACAUAUCUAUGAGAUUGUCAUGAAACACGCGGACGAGCUUAACUCGGCUAUCGUCUACGAUCGUGACUUCAACUACAACUUCUUUGGCUUCAAGACUCUGGAGCGAUCAUAUCUCCUCCGUAUCAACGGCCAGGUAGCCGAGCGUCCUCAGCACCUGCUGAUGCGUGUCUCCGUUGGUAUCCACGGUGACGAUAUUGAGAAGGCCAUUGAGACCUAUCACUUGAUGUCCCAGAAGUUCUUCACUCACGCUUCUCCCACUCUCUUCAACGCUGGUACCCCUCAGCCUCAGCUGGCCUCUUGCUUCCUGGUUGAUAUGAGCGCCGACAGCAUCGAGGGUAUUUAUGACACUCUGAAGACCUGUGCUAUGAUCUCCAAGACUGCUGGUGGCAUUGGUCUCAACGUUCACCGUAUCCGUGCUACUGGUUCCUACAUCGGUGGAACAAAUGGUACAUCCAACGGUAUUGUGCCCCUUCUGCGUGUGUACAACAACACUGCCCGCUACGUUGACCAGGGUGGUAAUAAGCGUCCCGGUGCUUUCGCCAUCUACCUCGAGCCCUGGCACGCGGAUGUUUUCGAGUUCCUCGAUCUCCGGAAAAAUCACGGUAAGGAGGAAGUUCGUGCCCGUGACCUCUUCUAUGCUCUCUGGACCCCCGAUCUGUUCAUGAAGCGUGUUGAGGCCAAUGGUGAAUGGACCCUCUUCUGCCCCAACGAGGCUCCCGGCCUGGCCGAUGUCUACGGUGACGAGUUCGACGCUCUGUACGAGAAGUACGAGAAGGAGGGCCGUGGCCGCAAGACCAUCAAGGCUCAGAAGCUGUGGUAUGCCAUUCUCGAGGCUCAGACCGAGACCGGUAACCCCUUCAUGCUGUACAAGGAUGCCUGCAACCGCAAGAGCAACCAGAAGAACCUGGGCACUAUCCGCAGCUCCAACCUGUGCACUGAAAUUAUCGAAUACAGUGCUCCUGACGAGGUUGCUGUCUGCAACUUGGCCUCCCUUGCUCUUCCCACUUUCGUUGACGCUGCUCGCGGCGAGUACGACUUUGGCAAGCUGCACGAGGUUGUUCAGGUUCUCGUUCGCAACCUGAACAAGAUCAUUGAUAUCAACUACUAUCCCGUUCCCGAAGCCAAGAAGAGCAACUUCCGUCACCGUCCCAUCGCUCUUGGUGUCAAUGGUCUUGCUGAUGCCUUCCUGGCUCUGCGUCUGCCCUUCGACUCUCCUGAGGCCAAGCAGCUCAACAUCCAGAUCUUUGAGACCAUCUACCACGGUGCUCUGACCGCCUCCUCCGAUCUGGCCAAGAUCCACGGCACCUAUGAGACCUACCCUGGCUCCCCCGUCUCCCAGGGUAUCCUGCAGUACGACAUGUGGGACCGCACCCCCACCGAUCUCUGGGAUUGGGCUUCCCUGAAGGCCAAGAUCGCCGAGACCGGUGUUCGCAACAGUCUGCUGGUCGCCCCUAUGCCCACCGCCUCCACCAGUCAGAUUCUUGGCUUCAACGAAUGCUUCGAGCCCUACACCUCGAACAUCUACUCCCGCCGUGUCCUGGCCGGUGAGUUCCAGGUCGUCAACCCUUGGCUCCUGAAGGACCUCGUCGACCUAGGCCUCUGGUCCGACAAUAUGAAGAACCGCAUCAUCGCCGACGGUGGUUCCGUCCAGAACAUCCCCAACAUCCCCGCCGACAUCAAGGCCCUCUACAAGACCGUCUGGGAAAUUUCUCAGCGCACCAUCCUUCAGAUGGCCGCUGACCGUGGUGCCUUCAUUGACCAGUCCCAAUCCCUGAACAUUCAUAUGAAGGAGCCCACCAUGGGCAAGAUUACCUCGAUGCACUUCGCUGGUUGGAAGAUGGGUCUCAAGACCGGCAUGUACUACCUCCGUACCAUGGCCGCUUCUGCGCCCAUUCAGUUUACCGUCGACCAGGAGGCUCUCAAGGUUGAGGACACCAACGUCGCUCGCACCAACCCCUCCUACAAGAAGCGUACCGUUGGCGGCGCCAGCUCUUCGUACUCCGCUGUGCCCCGCGCUAACGGCGCUGAGGCUGCCGUUGCCAACGUCGUAUCUACCGUCGCCGAGCCCAUCGUCGCCGCACCCGUCCUCGAAGUCGGCGAGACGACUGAGGAUGCCGCCGAUGAUGAUGGCCCCAAGGGCGAUAUCUUCUCGCAGGCUGUCCUUGAGUGCAGUAUCGAGAACAAGGAAGCUUGUCUCAUGUGCCAGGGCUAA